AUGAGCCGUCGCCAACACGAACAGCACGUUCGCAUCCAUACGCUCACACGGUUCGACACCAAGUCCUCCUUCAACUCCUUCAGCUCCCUACUGCCACCUUCCACUCCUAUUCACUCCGACGUCCUAUCUCCUCGCCAUCCUUUCUACUUGCCCACGCCUUCCCCCAAAACUCUCUUCCUCUACUCGCACAGCACCACAUCCCCCUCACCACAUCCCCCUCACCACAUCCACUUCACCACAUCCACUUCACCACAUCCACUUCACCACAUCCCUCUCACCGCAUCCCUCUCACCACAGGCUCCUACGCUUACAUCUGCCUCUUUUCCUAAUAACAUUCCUCCCUUCCAUCAUUCCCACCCACAACCGCCCUCUCCUCUUCGUCGUUUCCACUCUCGGUUGCUGCCAUCUGGGCGUCUCGUCGUCUGGUCUUCCGGUCUUCCGGUCUUCCAGUCUUCUGUUCAUCCGGCCACAACGCUACUCCUACUUGUCAUGAAUUAG